AUGCAGCCUUUGCCCCCUGGUGAAGAGAGUGCUGCUUCUGCUGCUGCUGCCGAUGCUGCUUCCUCUCCUGCUUCGGAAGUGGCAGCAAAUGCAGCAGACACCGCCCCUGCUGCUGCAGCAGAAGCAGCAGCAACGUCUGCUGUUCCUGCGGCACCAGCAGCAGGGGUAACAGCAGACUGCGACAGCAGCAGCAACCAGCAGCAUUGCAACAAUGUCGCCCUCAUAGCUAACUUAGACACAGCAGCAGCAGCAACAGCAGCAGCAGGAGAAACAGCAGCAGCAGAAACAGCAGCAGCAGAAACAGCAACAGCAGAAACAGCAAGAACGGCAGAUGCUGCUGCGGUAGACGACUAUUCUCUUCAGCCACCAACAAAAUCAGUAAUCAGUGCAGCAGCAGCUGCUGCUGAUGAUGCUGGUGCUGAUGCUGCAGCAGCAGCAGCUGCUGAAGAUGAUGCUGCAGAUGCUGCUGCAGCAGCAACUGCUACUGCAGGCGCUUCAGCAACCCAAUCUCCCGCUGCAGCAUUUAACCGCCACCCUACGACUUUAGCUGACGUUGCGGGAGGCUCCCCCCUCACUCGUUUGAACAGCAGCAGCAGCAACAGCAGCAGCAGCAACAGCAGCAGCAGCUGGUGGUGGUGUGAUUCUGAAGGAGCUGAGUCUGCGGGGUUUAUAAAGGUUAGAAGUUUUGCUGAAGAUGUCCCUAAAGGAGAGGAGACACUUAUAUCCAACGACCAGUCUCUCUUAGCCAUUCUUAGCAGCAGCAGCAGCAGCAGCAGCAGGAAGUGCUGCUGCUGCUGUGACAGCAGCAAGGAAGAAAAGGAAUGCAGCCAGUGCAGCAGAAACGCCACGAGUUGCUGCACAGGGCCUGGCGCACCCCAAGAACCUGCUCAGCAACAGCAACAGCAGCAGCAGCAGCAACAGCAGCAGCAACAGGAGCAGCAGAAGCUGCACAUUGAUUCGGCCCCCAUUCGGUAUGGGAAGCUGCGCUGUUUUGCUGCUGCUGCUCCAUCGGGUGCUGCUGCUGCUGCGGGCUCUUCUGCUGCUGCUACAGCAGCAGCAGCAAAAGGGUUCCGGUGGCGGGGGAAGCUGCUGCUGCCUGGGGAAGUGACAGCAGCAAAGGCGACACACGAACGCAGCAGCAGCAGCAGCAGCAGAAAGAGGCAGCGAUUUAACAAGGGGGUUUUGAUGCAUCGUUGUGCUGCUGCUGUUUGGGCUGAGCUGCCCCCCGUCCUCUCACAGCAGCAGCAGCAGCAGCAGCAGCAGCGGACGCAAGUCUUGUGUUGUCUCGGCACCGACGCGCUGCAGCUGUUUGUAUUUCAGGCUGUAUGUACACCCGAAGCUCCUCUGCUUCCUUGGCAAGAACUUCAGCUGAGAAGCAAGGAAGACUCCUGCUGCAGUUGCAAUAGCAGCAACAAGAGCAGCAACAGCAGCAGCAGCAACAACAGCAGCGGCAGCAGCAACAGCAGCAACAGCAGCAGCAGCAGCAACAGCAGCAGCAACAACAGCAGCAGCAACAGCAGCAACAGCAGCAGCAGCAGGUACUGGCAAGGGGCAGCUUUUGUUGAGGCGUCCGAUGCUGAGGGAGACAGUUUGCUGCUGCUGCAGUGGCAGGUAGGCAGCGAGCGCUCUAGCAGCAGCAGCAGCAGCAACAACAGCAACAGCAGCAGCAACAACAGUAGCAACUGCAGCAGCAGCAACUGCAUCUUGUUGUAUUCUCUCUCGCUCUCUGCUCUCAAGGACCUUGCUGAUCCAUCCAAACAGCAGCAGCAGCAGCAGCAGCAGCGGGAGGCGACGCGAAGUCCUGCAGCACACGCAAGCAGCAACAUCGACAGCAGCAGCAGCAGCAACAGCACCAAUGAUCGUUGGAGGCUUUUGGUGAGCGGGCGCAGCGAUUUGCUGCUCCUGCUGAACGAUGCGGUUUGUCUCCGCCUUCAUCUGGGUGCUGCUGGUGUCUCCCUCAGGAGACGCUUCUUGCUGCAGCUGCCUGUCUCCCUGCCUGCUCCAAACAGCAGCAGCAGCAGCAGCAGCAGCAGCAAGGGUUCCCGCAGAGGCGCCCAACUACCCCUCCAGCAAUUUGUUGAUGUCUGCUGCUGCUCCUCUUACCUUUAUGCAAUUACAGCGCCGCCGCUGCAGCAGAUUCUUAUUUGGGGUGUAUCGACAGGUGUGGCAGUGCAUGCGCUGGAGCUGCCUCUGUACGACCCCCAGCCGCAGCAGCAGCAGCAGCAACAGCAGCAGCAGCACAAGAGCAGCAGCGAACGGUUGGCCGACAGUCGAUGCCAAAGCCGCAGCGACUGGGAGAGCGGCAGCAGCAGUAACAAGAGCAGUAGCAGCAGCAGUAGCAGCUGCUGCUGCUGCAGCGCAGCUGCAGCAGCAAGAGCACGUGCAGGAGAGCUGCCGGUGCUGCUGCUGUCAGUGCGUGUGAGCCGCGACUCGCUGCACCUUGUGAUUGGAGACAGCAGGAACUGUCUCCGCGUUGUCUCUUUGAAGGCCUACUUUGCUGCUGCAGCAGGUGCAGCAGCAGCAGCAGCAAGCUGGGGUGAUGCAGCAGAAAACAGCUUUGAAUCAACUCACUUGGGAGAGAGACAAAGAGCAGCGCAAGGCCUCCAGCUAAAGAGACAGUUGCUGCCUGCUGCUGCUGCUCUUUCAGCGUUUCCCUCCGCCUUCGGUCUCCUCGCGCUGCGCUUGCGCCUUGCUGCAGCAACACCUGCUGCUGCUGCACCUGCUGCCGCUGCACCUGCUGCUGCUGCUACAGCUGCAGAGGCUUACAGACAAGUUCUUGAGGCCUGUGACUUUGUCUCUUCUACCAUCCGCCGUGGAGACCCUAUUGUCCCCGCGGGAUCGUCUCCCUGCAGCAGCAGCAGCAGCAGCUGCUGCUGCAUCAGCAGCAGCGGGGGAGGAGACAGCAGCAGCAGCACAGAGAGUGCCGUUGUUUUUGUGUCGCAUGAUGCGCUUCUCUUUCUGCAGCAGGUGGUCGUGAAGAAGCAGCAGCAGCGGCAGCAGCGGCAGUGGCAGCAGCAGCAGCGGCGACAGGCGCAGCAGCAGCUGCGCGAGGAGCUGCAGUUGGCGCUGCUGCACCAGGAUACGCGAUCCCAGUUGCUGCUGCAGCGGCAGCAGCUGCUGCAGCAAUACGAGCGCUUCUGCAUGCACAGAGGAGCAGCAGACAGAAGCGCAGAGCGCUGUCUCUGGACGGGAGCAUGGGGGCCUCUGCAGCAAUUGAAAGAGCAGCAGCAGCAACAGCAGCAAGUUGCUUGGCUGCUGCCCCCCUAUGAACUGCAGCAGCAACCGGCGGGGAGCCAGGCGUGGCAAGAGCUGCAGCAGCUGCAGCAAGACUUGCCGCUGCAGCUGCUGCAGCUGCAGCCCCCCUGCGGUGGCCCACAAGGCCCAGCAGCAGAAGCGAGUCCCCUUUUAGCAGAGUUGGAGACACUUAUGGAUGCAUGUGCUGUGGGUACGGAAGCAGCAGUGGAAGAACUCCCAACCGGCCUCUCCUCGUCGAGCACGGAGGAGCUUGUUGAGUUGUUGGCGUCUUUUGCCAACGAACAGCAGCAGCAGCAGCAGCAGCAGCAGCAGCAGCAGCAGCAGCCGCAGCCGCAGCAGCUGCAGCAGUGGAAGAGCCCCAUCUGCAGGCUUCACGACACAGCAGCAAAGCUGCAGCAACUGCAGCGCGAGCGCGCCCUGAGGCAAGCCCGUCCCUCAUGGCUGUACGUCGCAGCGUUGCCUUUCCUAUGCAGCAGCAACUGCUGCAACAGCAGCAGCAAUGCUUGCAGCAACAGCAGCAGCGCGAGGAAGCCUUUGCUGCUGGAUGCGGCGCUGUCUCCUCAGACCCCAGAAUCGAACUCUGAUGAAACCCUGGCAGCCAGCAGCAGCAGCAGCAGCAGCAGCGAUGGCGAAAGUAGCAGCAGCAGUAGCAGUAGCUGCGACUUGGGAGGCGGCAGCAGCCUCACGUCAGCGGCAGCAUCAAGCAGCAGCAGCAGCAGCAACCGCUUCCAGUGUUGGCUGGUGUCGUGGCCGUCUGCUUCGUGGGGCAAUGACACUAAACCGCAUGCUGCUGCUGCACCUGUUGCUGCUGCUGCUCUUGGCGGGGGCAGCAGCGGCUUUCUGUCUCCAUGGCUUCAGAACGAAAGCAGCAAGCUGAUCGGAAGCAACAGCAGCAGCAGUAGCAGCAGCAGCAGGCGACAGCAGCAGCAGCAACAGCAGCCUGGUGAGCUGCUGGUGCAGCCGUGUGUCGCUCAGCAGCUGUCGCUGGGAGUUGUGUCUUGCUGCUGCCGUGCUGCGCUGCUGAUACAGCCAAGCAAAGGUGUUUUGUUUGCUGCUGUGGCUGGCAGCAGCACCUUCCAGCUGCUGCAGCGCGUGCUGCUGAUGCAAGGCCCACGCGCGGCAGUCACGUUCUGCAUGCAAAACGAUUUAGACAGCAGCAAGGUGGGGCUGCUGCUGCUGCAGCUGGCGCUGCGAUGCAGAGACCUCAAGCGGAUAGCAGAAGCCUUGCUACUGCUGCAGCAGCAGCAGCAAAUGAUUGCCAUGAGGCUCCUGAUGGCCUUUGUUUUUAAUGGGUAUAGCGCAGAGACGCUCCCCUUUGCUUUUGCUGCACCCGAACGGGCUGCCCAGCCAGCUGCUGCUGCUGCUGCUGCUGCCGAUACGCCAUCUGUGUACGAGUCGACGGCAAUCGCUCAGCACGCGUUGCUGCUGCUGCAAGGACUGCAUCAGCAGCAACAGCAGCAGCAGCAGUGCUGCAGCGAACUGCACCGGCUGAGGGACCCCUGCCUCUUAAGCCGAAGAUAUGACGGCAGCAACAGCAGCAGCAGCAGAAGCGACAGCAGCAGCAGCUGCAGCAGCACUGAAACAAGCAUUCUGUUUCCGCCUUCUUUGGUGUCUCUGGUGGCGCCUUCGCAAGCGGCACCAACAGCAGCAGCACCAGGCGCAAGAGCAGCAGCAGAAGACCCAGCAGCAGCAGCAGCAGGCAUGCCUUCUGCUGCUGUGCAUCUUCAGUGUGAAGCAGCAUCGCUACGGGACAUAGGGUUUAGCUCGCGUUUGCUGCUGCGGCUGCUGCAAUUUGCUGCGUCUCUCACAGACAUUCGCGUUCUGGCUAAGAUAGACCUUGCAGCAGCAGCAGCUCCUUCUGAUGCUGCACCAAGCCAGCAGCAGCAGCAGCAACAACAGCUUACAGAUGAGCUGUCGGAGCUUGCGCUGUACGUGAGGCUUCUGCGGUGGCUGCAGCAGCGCGUGUCUGCUGCUGCCGCUGGGCAGCAGCAGGCAGAGCAUCAGCAGCAGCAGCAGGCGGUGAUGCUCCGUGGCUCGUAUCUUGCUCAGCAGCAGCAGCAACAGCAGCAGCAGCAACAGGACAGAUUUGCUGUAACGCAGAGAGACGCCGAACUGCCCUGGGGCCCUGAUGUCUCUUUGGAGACAGUUGUUAGGGAGACUCUGCUGAGUGGGCGUAUCAGCACGGGCUUGCUGUGGCUGCAGAAGCAACUGCAGCAGCAGCAGCAUCAGCAGCAGCAGCAGCGUGUUUCCGCAAUGGAUUUGCUGCAGCAGGUCGCCAACCGAAUGGCCUACAGACUCUUCUGCUGCCAGCAAGCUGAGCUCUUCUUUGUCGGGCUGCAGAUGCUGCGGCAGAUUGGGGUAGAUAUUCCUGGGUUUUGUCUUCGUGCUGCGCUGCUAACAACUCGAACGCCUGUCCGUCGCCGUUUGCUGCGGCACCUCUACCACCAGCAGCAGCUCCAACCGAAGCACAUGCGCCUCAUCCGCAUUAUGCAGGUGCUUGAGCUGUUGUUCACUGACCCUUCUUAUGAGGCUGAGCUAGCCAGGCGCUUCAGUGCUCUAGCAAUUGUAGCAGAAGCAGCAGCGGGAGCUGCUGCAGCCGAAGGGGACGCAGCCUCAAAUGCACACAGCAGCAGCAGCAGCAGCAGCAGCAGCAGGCGAGUUGACGCUGCAGCAACAGCUGCAGCAGACGAAUGCUGGCCAGCAGGCGGCACUGCUGCCCUUCGAGCUGGAGCUCUGUGCGACGGCUAUGUCUCCUUGAGGCUGAGGAAGCAAAUCCUGCAGCAGCAGCAGCAGCAGCGGCAGCAGAGGGAAGAGCGGAGAGACAGAAGCGUCUAUGCAGGCAAGCAGCCCAUGAGAACAAAGAAAGGAGACAAGAGACACAACAGAGACAGAAGCACAGAGGCACUGCAGAGAGACAGCACCAGAGCGCUGAAGGUCAUCUCUUUGCAUUCCCUCGCAUGCGCUGCCUUGUGCGGCAGUCGCGUUGCUGCAGCAGCAGAGCCCAGCCUUACCUUUACGCCUGAGCGACACCCCAAAGAAGCUCUGAGGGCAUGGGCUCACCUGAGCUGUGGAGAGGUGCCAGAUCUAGCGGAGUGCUGCUUUUCUGGAGUUGCUGCUGCUGCUGCUGCUGCAGCUGCUGCUCCCCCAGCCGACAGCCGUGAAUGCAGCGUCAGCAGCGAGGUUUUGCAGCAGCAGCAGCAGCAGCAGCAGCAUCUGCUGCUGUCGCACGGCACUGCAGAAGACAAUGCUGCUGCGGCGUACGUCCAGCGCGCAUGUGGCGUUUCGCUGGAGGCAGAAGCGGAUGUGCUGCAGCUGCAGCAGGCAGCAGCAACUGCUGCAGCAGCACCGACGCAGCAGCAGCAGCAGCAAUACGCUGUCACCCUUCAGGCGAACCUUCGGGGCUCCUGUUCUGAGUGCAGUAGGCUCCUUGCUGGGGAGAAAGAUUUGUUUGCUCUCUUCACGGCCCAGCCGCCGGCAAAUGACCCUGCAGCAGCAGCUGCUGCUGCUGCUGCAGCGCAUGCAUCUCUGGGGGGCUACAUCAGCCUGUCUCUCUUUGAGCUGUCUCUCUUUAAGCCCACCUCCAUCUUGCGAAUAUUCGCUGAGAAGAGACACGUAGCCCUUGUGCACAAGCUCAGCUCUCCCACCCGCAGCAGCAGCAGGAGGCCGCAGCAUCUGCAACAGCAGCAGCAGCAGCAGCAGCAGCAAGGAGUGCGUACGUUGUGGGAGGUGGCUGCGGGGUGUCUCCGCAUCUCUGAGGGGAAGAAGAGCUCUCUUGUAUGGAGAUGCAUUUUUGCGUUUUGUUUGGCGCACUUCGAUUGGAGGGGGACUGCCCUUUGUGUCUCCGAGAUGCCUAUACACCCCAGCAUUGCCUGCGACCCCUGGGGACGCCUCAAGCUUGCGGAUGCUGCUGCAGCCAGAAGCAGCAGCAGCAGCAGCAGCAGCAGGAAUAAGAGGAAGCCGUUGCUGCUGCUGAACCGUAUCCUAUCCUUCCUUCAGAGACGCAGGGAGAGAGGAGACUCCGUUUUCCUUGAUGAGCUGCUGCUGCAGCAGCUGGCUCGCCGAGGCCUUUUUCUGGAGGCAGUGGGGGCAGCAGCAACAGCAGCAGCAGAUACUGCAGCAGCAGCAGCAGUGGAUACUACGGGAGCUGCAGCAGCAGCAGCAGCACGAACAGAUCCCGAUGAUACAGCGCUAGCGCUGCUGCUGCAGAGACUCGCAAAAGCUGGCUGCCUGUUCAAGAGACACCAGCAGCAGCAGAAGCAGCAACAGCACCAGCAAGUUUGCGUGGCAACUGAUGAGAUGCUCCCUGUGGGGUGCCUGUCUCCGUUGCAUCUUUUUGUUGUUCGCCUGUGCCUAUCGAAUUGUCUCCCCUCGCUGUUCAUCUCUUAUUUGGAGCAUUUCCAUCUGGCGGCCGACUUCACAACACAACAGCACUUAAAGGCGAGGAUCCGAGCUGGAAGCAGCAGCAGCAACAGCAGCAGCAACAGCAACAGCAGCAAGAGCAUGCCUCAAUGGGUCUCCGUGGCUCUGCUAGGCCGACUGGGGAAUCACGCCCUUGCUGCUGCAGGGAUGCACCAAGCAGCAGCUCAUCUCUGCCCUGAAGUGUGCGUACACUUCGUAGGUGGCCCUGACGUUUGGUUCGACUCGGAGGGGACAGCCUUCUUGCCGCUGUCUGCUGUAGCUCAUCUGUCUCCGCCAAUGUUUGUUUGUCUCCUCGCCUUCAUCCCUCAGCCUUCUGCUGCUGCUGCUGCUGCUGGUGGCAGUCGGAGACAGCUGGAUCUGUUCUCUGUCUCUCGUGAAGACCUGAGGGUUGGUUUGGCUCCAUUUAAAGAAUUGGCGAGGGCUUACUUUGUGCAGCCUAGCGACGCUCAUGAAGUGCAGCAGCAGCAACCGCAGCAGCAAGAGCCGGAAGAGCAGCAGCAACAGCAGCAGCAACAGCAGCAGCAGAAGCAGCAAGGAGGGCCUGCGGCUCUUAACACGUGUCUUUUCGCUGAGUCUCUUUUGGAGCAGCAAAGGCGCAUAAUGCAGUACGAGUCUCCUGUAGAGCAGCAGCAGCAGCAACAGCAGCAACAGCAGCAGCAGCAGCAGCAAGAUCCCUCUUGCUUCCUUGUGGACAUGAAGACAUGGCGCAAAGAUGUCUCCUUGUUAGACCUGCUAUCUGAGUGCUUCGCCUCCCUCGAUGUGGGGGCUUUGCUGCAGCCAGUUGACGUUUUUGCUGCUGCUGCUGCUGCUGCUGCUGGCGCUGCCCCUGCUGGUGCUAGGCCUGCUGAAACGCAAGGAGUAGCCGACGCAAAGGCUGCAGCAGCAGCAGCAACAACAGCAGCAACAGCAACAACGACAAGAGCGAGAGAAGCGCUGCCGCUGGCAGUUAGGCAAGCUUUUCUAAGCGGAGAGGCCUUCACGUCUUUGCUGCAGCGGCUGCAUGCACCAGCAGCACCUGGGACACUUGGCUUCAGCGGCAGCAGCAGCAGCAACCGCAGCAGCAACAGCGAGGGCUUGAGUGUAGCCUAUUUUCUUUCUCAGGGCCGUCCUUCUGCUGCAUUCCACUUGCUGCUGGCCAGCCGCAGCAGCUGCCGUUGCUGCCGUGCUCAGGUAGGUAAAGAGUGCAGCAGCAGCAGCAGCAGCGAUGGCGGCGCGUGUGCAUGUGCUGCUGCUGCUGGAGCAGCGGAGGGCCAGCUGCUGCAGCUAAGCCCGGAAGAGGAAGACUUGCUGCAGCAGACAGCAAUGCAAGUUGCCUUUUAUAAUCUUCUUGACGAGGGGACUGUCUCCUCCUGUCUCCUUUUCUUGGAGCUCUGCAACCUGGAUGCAACUAUGCUAAGGGUGGAUGCCCAGUCAGCCCGUAGGAUCUACGAGCAUCAGCAGCUGCAGCAGCAGCAGCAGCAAGCUUCCGCUGUGGAAGGGGCAAGCAACAAAGCAACAGGAGAACCAAUCGAUGAUGCUGCUGCUGCUUCUGUUAUACAACUCUUUCGGGCCUUCCCCCGUCCCUCUUCAGCAAAGUGCAUGAGCAGUAGCUGCAACAACAGCAACCGCAACAGCAGCAGCAGCAGCAGCAGCACCAACAACAGCAGCAACAGGAGUAGCCGCGGCAUAUCAUCCCCGCACUUGCUGUCAGCACUUCGUCUCCUAGAAGAGGCCACUUGGGCCCUAAGCGCUCCCCCGCAGACAGCAGCAGGGGGGCAUGCAGCAGCUGCUGCUGCCGCCGCUGCAGUGAAGAGACAGGAUACUAACCCGUGGCACUUGGUUGCGCACUUCUGCAGGGUCCACGAGCUGCCUCAUUCUUUGACUCUGCUGCACGAGUUGGCGAGGAAAGGAGACUGGCUGUCUGUCUUGCAUGAAGCUGAACUGCAGCGCUGCCCCAAAGACACCCUGAAGGGGGUUAUUGACGGCUACUUCACAGACCCCUGUUUGCGAGGUCACUUGAAGCGGGCCAUUGGCUGCAGCAGCAGCUCCCGUGCAGCAGCAGCAGAAGCAGACUCCCCUUGGCGCGACUCCGAGGAUCCCCUUCGGCUCCUCAUUGCGGCGCAGCACCAGCAGCAGCAGCAGCAACUCGGCCUGCAGCUGCUUCGUGAGGCGCUGCGGCUACGCCGUCCACGUCUUGCGGUGUACGCGAGCUGCUUCGAAGACUGCAGCCUGCUGCAGUGUCUGUCCAUCUGGCUGGCCCUCCAAGCGGCCCUGCUGCCGCAGCAGCAGCAGCAACAGCAACAGCAGCAACAGCAGCAGCAGGACCACGACCACCACCAUCAGGAACAGCUGGAUGCGCUGCUCUGUCGGGCUGGGCUGCAGCGCAUGCAGCAGCAUGGAUGUCUGACGCAGGCUCAGCAGCAGCAGCAUCAGGAGGCAAUUCCUCGUUUGCUGCACCUGGUGCAGUCUGGUGGUGCUGCUGGUGCUGCUGCUGGUGCAGCAGGUGCUGCAGCGCGUGAAGAAUCUCUGCUUCUUUCUGGAGCUGCAGAGACACUGUGUGGAUUGAUACUAACUCUAGCAGAGGCGGGGGGCUUUGUUUUGCUGCUACGGGGCUUUGCUCUCUUCGACCCUAAGAGUCCCUUGAUGCAUUUGCUGCUAUUCUUCAGAUUGAAGACGGCUGAAGCGGCACUUCGGCGUUUCGUGUCCUUCCGCAGCAGCAAGCACCAGGCAGCAGCAAGUGCUGCAGCAACAGAGACGGCCCCAGGUGGAGCAGCAGAAGAUGUAACAGUAGAUGGAAGCACCUUGCAAGCAGCAGAUAUCCGCCAAGUCAGCAGCGAGUUGCUGCGGAUGCUGCUGCUGUCGCAGGGGCCUCAUAUGUAUCCCUUGCUGCAGCUGCUGCACGAAGUGGGCUACUCGCGGGGUUUCUGUCUCCUUUAUCAUGCAGCAGUUAUCUGCAGCGGGGAAAGUCCCGUGCUGCAACAGCAGCUGCAGCGGCUCUUGCAGCAGCAGCUGCAGCAAACCGUUGACGUGCCGCUGCAGGAGACGCGCAGCGACCUCUUGCUGGCGCUGCUUCAGCAGCGCAAGUAUAAGGAAGCCCGUCAAUCGAGUCACUCUAUUGUAGCUGUUGUUGUUGCUAUCGCUGCUGCUGCUGAUAUUGAUGCUGCUGCUGCUACUGGUGCUGCUGUUGCUGCUGCCACUGCAGGCUUGGGGGCCAGCUGCGUGCAGCUGGUGACUGUGCACGAAGUCGCAGAGUGUCUGGAGGGGCUUCGAAGGACGAGCAAGAGCUUUCGGGGCUCUGUAGAGGAGCGUUUAGGUGUAUGGGCGCGCUGCUGCGAGCUGUUUGCUGUUCACAAGUACCCGCCAGUCCUUGCUGCUGUCUUUCUUUUGACUGUCUCCGCGCAAAUGGAAGGAGACAUCUCUCUCACUGAACAAGCCUUUCUCUUGGCUGCAGCUCUCAGCUUAUUCGGGGCCCCCCACCCACUCCCUGCUGCUCUCUACACUCGAGAGGCUCUGCUGCAGCACCUUGUACACUGCGCACAGGGCAGCUGCUCAAAGUGUGGCAACAACUGCAGCAGCGACAGCAACAGCAACAGCAGCAGCAGCAGCGGCAGCGCCGGCAGUAGCAGCAGCAGUGGGGGCCUCACCCUGAUUGACUGUCUUCCCUUGCAGCCGGAGGAGAUGCGUUCUGUCUUUUGGAUUAGACAAGCAGAUGCUGCUGCUGAUGCUGCAGCAGAAGAAGAGGGGUUUUUCUGCUGCAGCUUACCAGAUACCGACUCCAAAAGGCAGGAGUCCUUAGAGGACAGCAGCAACUGCUGCUGGCAAAGCUGCUGCAGAUGCAUGGUCUCCUCGCAGCUGCUUGCGCAGCUGCAGGGACGCCUGUUGUUGCUUCUCACGUCGCAAUCCACAGCAGCUGCUGCUGCCGCUGCACUGACACCGGAGCUCACGGGGAGCCUCUGGGGAUCUCAGGCACCUGCUGCGACCCCGCAGUUGCUGCUGCAUGGUGCAGCUACACCACUCAAGCCUUGCUGCAGCACCAACAACAUGCAGCAGCUGUUGAAGCAGCUGCAGCAGUUGGUAGAGCCUGACGCUCCUGCGCUGCCGCUGCACUACUUAGGGGUUCCACAGUGGCCUCCUCUCCCUGACGGCGAACUGGAUGACAGGGACUUGCAGCAGCAGCGGCAACAGCAACAGCAGCAACAGCAGCAGCAGCAGCAUCAUAGGGGCGGAGUUGACGGAGGCGAAGGGGUGUCUGUGGAGACGCUGCAAGGUAGGACGCCGCAGGCUCAGUCUGCCAACAAGGUCCUGCUGCAGCAGCUGCAGAAGGCUGUUCAUAAUGCCAUAGCCAUCGGGUGUACGCACAUUGCAAGAGCCCUAGUGGGCAGCUUUGUGACUUUGCUGCGAAGCUCGCCUGCUGCUGCUCCCGCUACUACUACUACUGCUGCUGCUGCUGCUUCCACUGGUUCAAGCAUCAGAGUCGUCCAGGAGGAGCAGCAGCGGAAGCAGCAGCAGCUGCUGCAGGGCCUUUCGCAAGAAGUGCAGCUGGCGGAGCUGCUACUGCGGGUGGUAGCACUACCGAUCCCUCUGAGGGCGCAACAGCAGCAGCUGGUGUUGCUGCAGACCUUGUCUGCUGCUGCUGCUGCUGCAUGCGCAGCCACCCGACCAGGAGUGUACCCGCUGCCGCAGCUCCACAAGGAACUGCUGCAAAUGCUGCAGGAACACGUGGGAUCUCCUGCGGCUCAAGAGACGGUGCAGCAGCGACAGCAGCAGCGGCAGCAGCAGUCUCACGACGAGCUGCAGCAAGACAACGAGAAUGAGCAGCAGCACCCUCUUUCCCUGCAGAUGCACAGGCAGCAGCUGCAGCUAUUGUCUCAGCUAGUGCAGCGAUGCAAGCCUGGGCUUCAUGCGUUUUGCCUGGAGUUGCUGAUCCUUUUCGCCGUCAGUCUUGUGCUCGUGUCUCCAUUUAAUGAAGUGCUGCAACAGCAGCAGCGGCAGCCACAAGAGCUGUUGCUGAGGCUGCUGCUUGCUGCUGCCUUCCCUACUUCUGACAUACCUAAACCUUCUCUGUGCAUGCGGUUUGCUGCAAAGCUUACCCGCGACGGGCGACUGCAGCAGCAGCAGGUUGCUGCGGUUCUGCUGGCUGCUUUUGUUGCUCACCAGCAGCAGCACUCCCACGUUGAGCACAUGCAGCAUCCGGGCCAGCGGCAAGAGCAGCAGGCAGAGCAGCAGCAACAGCAGCAACAACAGCAGCGGAUUAUCUGGUUUGAAUGGCCGUUGCUGCUCCUGAAAGAGUUUUUAGGGAUAUGCGAGACCCCCGGUCUUGUAGGAGAGCAUGCGUUGCAGCUGCUGUUGCAGCAGGAACAGCAAGAAAUGCAGGCAGGGCGGCAGCUGCAACACCCGCAGGGGGAGCUUGAAUCCCCGGUGGCUGUUGCAACAUCUGUGGCGCCGGUGCUGCUGUUGCACGAGCAGCAGGUAGAGUUGUCCUUGCUGGCUUACUAUGACUUGGAACGUGCAUGCAACGCUGCAGGGCUGGUGCAGCUGCUGCAGCUCCUGCAAAGGCGACUUGAGGUGUACAUGCAGCUAGGCAAGCCGUACCUGCUGCUGCGCGUUCUGACCAGCAUCUCUCCGUCUCCCCAAUUCAAGCCGGCAAUGCAAAUGCUUGUGGAAGAAGGCUACUUGCUGCAACUACUGGCGGCUUGCCGCAAGGGCAUGAAGCAGCAGCAAGAGCAGCUGCCGCAGCAGCAAGUGCUAGAGGGUUGCGCUAUACCCGAAGUCCAAGUGUGCGAAUCUCUUGCCUUUGCUAUUUGUGACUUGCUGCACUCCCAGUACGACGAGCAGCUGCAGCAGCUUCUGGAGCCGAACGCGAAAGUGCAACAGCAACAGCAGCAGGAAAGGACUUUAAAGAUCACCUUAGACAAGUUGGUUUUGGCAAACUUGGAAUUGGGUUUCAAAAAGGAGGCCGGACUUCUGCUGCAGCAGGAGGCCUUUCGGUGCUUGGCGAUGGGCGUAGAGGUGCUGGAGCUCUACAGUGAGAGUGGAAUUGAUAGGCUUUUUCUGGGGCUUCAGGCGGCCCUAGUGGCGCUGCAGCUGCGGGCAGUAGAGCUGCAGCUUUCCCGCGAGUGUCUGCAGCAUCAGCAGCAGCAGCAGCAGCGCAACGGCAGGCAUCUAGUGUCGCUGCUGCUGCAGCAUUGCAGCAAAGCCCUAGAAACGUCCCUUCACCCCUUUAAAGAUGCGGAGGUGUCUCUAAAGGAUGGAACAGACCUCCCGGUGCUGCUCUCAAGUCUCACCUCAAAUGAAGCACCAGCAGCUGCUGCUAGCGCUUCCGUCUGCGCGUUGCGGAUGCGAACAGGGGAAGCCGAUGCAGCAGCAGCAGCAGCAGAUGUGGAGCAGCAGCAGCGGUCUGCCUGGUUUAACAGUCUCCUGUUUUCCCUAGAGGGUUCAGCACUGCAGUGGUUUGGCCGUGGAGACAAAGAGGAACGCCGUGGGGGCUCCACGGAGGCCCCAGCUGCUAAACCUGCAGCAACUGCAGGGGCAGCAGAAGCGACGCCAGCAGCAACAGCUGCUGCUGCUGCAGCUGAAGCUGUAAAGGAAUCUGAAGAGAGAGCUGCAGCUUCUGUGGGUUUGAUCGGCCCGUAUCUGCAGUUCUUGCACUUGUCUAUCGCGCAAGUGCUGUUGUUUGUGGAGCUGCAUCCCGAUGCUUUUGUCUCUGGGCUCACUGCUGAGGCAUAUCAGCACAUCUAUGGUGGAGUGGUGCAGCUGGCCUGGCCACGUGCGGUGUACCGACAGGUCAUCCUUGGAGGGCGUAUGUCUUACCUUUCUCAGCUUCUGGGCAGACCCUUAGAGGAGCAGCAACAGCAGCAAACGACAGCAGCAGCAGACAUGAAGUCUGUGGAGUCUCGUCAAACUGCUGAGACGGGCGCUGGAAGGCUACGGGCGGGGUUAGGGACUCCACAGGGCUCCCGAAGGCCGCAGCAGCGACAGCGUCUGCCUCAGGGAAUGUGGGGAGAAGGCCUCAGCAAAGCUGCACUGGAGGCCCUAGUAUCUCUGCACCUAAGGGAGUUUGACUGCAGCGGCUGCAACAGCGAAGAGCUGCAGCGGUGCUGCAGCAACGGCAGCAGCAGCAGCAGCAGAGGUGCGCAGCGACCGUUCACUGUUCCAGGGAUAACGGAACACGAUACUGCUGUCUAUACAGUUGAUUAUUCUGUUGACGCCGAUGCCUACUUGCUGCACCCCACAGGGGCAGCAGCAGCAGCGCGCAACAAAUCGCAGCGGGCCUGGGACGCCCUGAAGGCAGCAGCCGAAGAGAACCUCCUCAGGCUGCUCCAGGAGGCCGUGCCAAAUAUCCGCAUUCGUUUAGAGCUCUUUAUGUCCCUGGGACCGUCAUUUAAUGCUGCAGCGGCUGAGUGCUGCCGCUUACUAGACGACAAGUGCCUCUACUUGCCCAGGGGAUCCCUCGCUGGGGCUGCAAGAGAAAGGUUGGUGCAUGCAGCCGUAGCGGAGAGCGCUCGCAGCCCAUGCGCAUCUGCUGCCGCCUCUGCGACUGCUGCAGCUACAGCUGAGCAGCGCUCCAACUAA